UUCUUUUUCUUCAUAGCAAGAACCGGGUUAGCUGCCACUGUUCUGCUCUUUCCCUCAACCUGAUCUAUAAGCGAUGGCGGCUACAGUGGUUGCCGUUGAGGACUCUAGCCAGCCUCACCAUGAAGUGAAGCUCUUCAAUCGCUGGUCGUUUGAUGAUGUGCAGGUCAGUGACCUUUCUCUAAGUGACUACAUCGGAGUUCAGCCAGCUAAACAUGCAACUUAUGUGCCACACACCGCUGGAAGGUACUCGGUUAAGAGAUUCAGGAAGGCCCAAUGCCCCAUCAUAGAAAGGUUGACAAAUUCACUUAUGAUGCAUGGUAGAAAUAAUGGGAAGAAACUGAUGGCAGUGAGAAUUGUGAAACAUGCUAUGGAGAUUAUUCAUCUUUUGACUGACUUGAACCCGAUUCAAGUCAUUGUUGAUGCUAUCAUCAAUAGUGGCCCUCGUGAGGAUGCUACUCGAAUUGGCUCUGCUGGUGUUGUCAGACGCCAGGCUGUUGAUAUUUCCCCCUUGAGGCGUGUUAACCAGGCUAUUUAUCUUCUUACAACUGGUGCACGUGAGGCUGCUUUCAGAAACAUCAAAACAAUAGCUGAAUGUUUGGCUGACGAGCUUAUUAAUGCUGCCAAAGGCUCAUCCAACAGUUACGCAAUCAAGAAGAAGGAUGAAAUCGAAAGAGUUGCAAAGGCUAAUCGUUGAGGAAAUAGACUUUUUGCCAUUUUUGAUGAGUCUCACAUGAUCUUUAUCUUCUGUUUCUUGGUAGAUGGAUUUUGAAUGUUCUGUUAUGAGUAUUUUGUUAAGGUUCAGAAUAUUUACUUCCAAAGUUUUAGAAGAUGAAUUUUAGGAUGCACUUGUUGAGGUUUUUAACGGCAAAUAUGUAUGCAUUGAUUAUGAUUUCGACUCUUAAUCAUCGCACCUUUUUCCUUUUAA